AUGUUGACAAAACCGGAAAUAGCCUGUGCCAUCGUUGAAGGUUUAUCAUCGGUGAGAAAAGAUGAAGAUCUACAAGAUUUCAUUGUUGAAGUUGAAGGCACUGAAUUCAAAUGUCAUCGUCUGAUACUCAGCGCGUGUUCUGGAUAUUUCCGUAGUCUUCUAAGGUCUGGGAUAAAAGAGUCGCAGAAACAAAGAACAAAGCUUGAGGGCAUCUCCAUGGAAACGUUCACUGCCAUCUUAGAAACUCUCUACACCGGAUGUAACAAUCUGACACGUGACAACAUGCUAAAUGUAUGGCUUGCUGCUGACCAACUUCAAAUUAUUUCUCUUUGACAUGUGUGUAGAUCUUGUUAUAAACAACAUUUCAAACGAUAAUGUCAUUACUAUUUCGGAAGUAUCAUCUCAACUACAGCACAAAAGUAUCAUAGAGCUUUGUAAAAAGUUUCUCACCAACAACACAUCUCUGGAAAACUGGAAUAUUAUAUACGAGGCGGCGAACACGUUAGGCUCAGAUUUGAUUUUGUCACAUGUUCGAGAUUUCAUCAAGAAACAUUAUGAACAAAUCAUCAAAUCUGACACAUUUCUGUGUAUUCGUGAAAAAGAUUUACUUGAAAUUAUAAAAAGUCAAGAUCUGGUUGUGCCUACUGAAGACGUUGUCAUUGACUCCAUCCUAAAUUAG